CUGCUCGCAGGACCGACGUCACGGCGCGGUACUGGGCAUGCGCAGACGGCGGGGAGCGCUUGACGAGUCGCAGGAAGGAUCCACGGCUUGGCGAUCAACAUGGCAGAAAUGUCUGCUGAAGACUUGCAACUCCGGGCCAACAACGUGACGGAUGAGUCACUGGAGAGCACCCGGAGGAUGCUACAGUUGGCAGAGGAGAGCAGGGAUGCUGGUGGUAAAACCCUGAUCAUGUUGGAUGAACAGGGAGAACAACUGAAGCGCAUUGAUGAAGGACUGGAUCAGAUCAACCAGGACAUGAAGGAAGCAGAGAAGAACCUGACUGACCUCAGCAAAUGCUGUGGCCUGUGCGUCUGUCCCUGCAGCAGGGUGAGGAAUUUCGAGAUGGGAGACAAGUACAAAAAAGCCUGGGCCAGCAAUUCCGACGGAAACACGGGCAAGGUCGUCUCCAAUCAGCCCAGCAAGUCACAGAACAGCCAUGAGAUGGCCAAGCAGGGCGGUGGAGGAGGAGCUUACAUCAACAGGGUCACCAACGACGCACGAGAAGACGAGAUGGAGGAAAACCUCGAACAAGUGGGCAGCAUCAUCGGAAACCUGAAGAACAUGGCCAUCGACAUGGGCAACGAGAUCGAUUCGCACAACAAGAAGAUUGAUGGCAUUGCCGAGAAGGCGGAAACUAACAAAGCUCGGAUUGAUGAUGCCAACGUGAGAGCAAACAAACUCAUGAACAAGUAACGUGGAGCCAAGACUUGCCUCUGAAUUACAGCUUCAACUUCAAGUCUGAUUUCUGCGCCAAUCACCGUGCUGCCUUCCUGUGUCUCUGUUUCUCCCACCAACCUCUCCCUGAAUUAGUGUAAGAUGUGCUGAGUGGUCUUGGGUUUUUAUGACCUGUGCAUGUGUCGCCAGUCGGACUUGAGCCACCCUUGGAGACCUGUCUAGAUGAGUGACUGAUUCGUGCAAUGCUAGUGUGACUUCUUGCAGCUAUUCGUUCCUGUCCAGAACCAGCAAGCACCGACGUGCUGUUGGAGAACUGGCUGGAAAGGGAACCUUGGGCAGGAUACUGAUUCAUACCUCCAAUACUUGUGACAUAUUGUUUCUGACUACUUUCUCUUUCUCUGCCCUGGGUGUAUUUACUCUUGUUACUUAUGUUCUCAAUCCCCAUGUUCAGUGGUCAUUUUAUAUUCCCUACCCCCACUCCCAGUGUGUAGACCACUGAACUCCAAGCUGAGGAGAUCAUUGCCUACCACCAAUUCUCCCUUCAUAAUUCAUGUCCUUGUUCCUGUGACACCAAACCCUUGGUUGUCUUUUAAUAUAAUGAGGGACUGUUCUCCACAGUACAAAACCCCGUCUGCCCUUCACAAUUAAAGGAUAGUCCAGGCCCUGACCCUUUGCCCGUGUAGUGGCCUGGAUUUAUGGUGGCUGUUUUUACCUCUCCCUUUCUGUGCCCAUUGAGUCUUCUGAUCACUGGCUUUAGAGUUAAUGCUCUGUCAUCUUAGAUGGGGCAAGGGCCAAACAUGCUCUGCUGGUUGGGUGAAGCUGGCUUUCCCCUUGGGCAAAAUUCUCGGCACAAGGCUUGUCUUUAUCAGGGACCUUUUGUGUGAAUCUUCCUCCGGUUUCAUUACACAUACAUGAAGUGUGUACAGAAAGUAAAAUAUAUAUUGUACAUUUAAUCAUUUGUUUCCAACUGAGUACAUUGGGAAAUAAUGUUUAAUGCGAAAUGUGAUCACAACUUUAAAGCUUUCAUCUUUAACAGCC